AUGUCAAACCAUCUAUUCUGCUGCACCACCAUCCAACCCACCAAAUUCCCAAACACCGAACACGAGCAAACUUUCACCGAAUUCACCAAAUGGGCCCUGACAGUAAUCGGCAAUCUAACAGGAUCCACCGAUCCCUCCGAAGCAAGCGUCUGCAUCCAACUCGUGCGACAAGUCACCAACGGGCCCAUAGAAUCUAUUCGGUAUUUCGUCGCAAGUGACAAGCACGGGAAUUUUGAGGAAGUCUCCGAAGAUGGGAUUGUGGAUGCGAAUUUCGUGAAGAUGGAUGAAUGCAAAACCUUCCACUGCAACCAACACAACCGAGUAUUCGAUCUCAACCUCUACGAACCAAGCACGGGGAGCUCGCGUCGAUGGCGAGCCAGUAUAGCGAAACCGCUCAAGCAGCUUGAGAAUGCAAUCAAGCACAAGAUAUCCGGCUCUGGAUCUGGUUCUGGGUCGAGGUCAGUGUCGGGAUCGAGGUCAGUGUCAGGAUCAAGAUCUGUGCUUGGAUCAAUGGGGUCUGGCGUGGGACAUAGAGCUAGCUCAGGCUAUGGAUACGGAACCGGGAUGGGAUACGGCUCUGCAUGGGGAUCUAACUUGGGAUCUGGUUGUGGACCGAACUGGGGGACUGGGAGUUCGACGGUUUUUGAUAAGCAUGUGGCGUCUUCGACUGCUGUUGAGACUGGGUCUAGUGAUUCUGAUAAUGAUGGAGAAGAUCAAAACAAAGACCAAGAUCAAGACCAGGACCAAGAGGAUGGGAUAUCCCGGCCUGACGAUGGGACUGAAGAUACCAACCAAGAUUCCGACAAAGACCAGCCUGUGUCGUCUUCGCCUACAUUUGACACCGAGGUAACUCGAGAUGAAGACGCACGGUCGUACUCGCCUCCAUGUGAGACCCAGGUUACUUUCCGUGACGAAGGUAGUGUGAGUCAGAGCUACUUGGAUACCGAGGACUAUGGGUGUUACUAUUCUGGGGGGACUUCUGAUGAUUAUAGAAGCUAUGACUGCGGUGGAGGGGACAAUAACUUCUUAUAUGACUAG